UUUAGAUUUUGGGAAAUACCCUGUCCAAGCCUUGUUGAUGAUGGCUAUUACAUUUGUCCCAUCAGGAAUAAUAACUGGGGUAUGUUACAGUAAACUGUGGAAACAUACAAAGGCAUACCAGAAUCAAAUCACACCUUCAACAAAUCAAGUGAAGAGGGCUUGUAAAACAGGAGAAAAAGCUUUGCGAUCACUGGCUCUGAUAUUUGGAAUGUUUUAUCUAUGCUGGCUGCCUUUUGUGACGGAACAUGUUGCUAAAGCAAUCAUGGGACAUGAUGAGUAUAUUCCAAAAUGGUUGGAGAUAGCAUCAUAUCUUUUAGCAAUUUCUAACUCCUUUUGUAAUCCCAUCAUCUACUACUGGACAAAAAGGGCCUACAGGGCAGCUGUAAGGAAGGCUCUAUGUAAGGGUGGAACAGAGGUUGUCCCCAUAGACUCUAGCAGAGAUUUGGUUACUUUGGCUAAACCCAAAGAUAAUCCUAAUGAGGCACUAACAGCAGCUCAAAAAAAAGUGGAAGACAACUUUUGUACAACACAGUUUAAAGAGAACAGUAGACUUCCAACACACAAUGAUGUACAGUCUCAAGGAAUCCAGCAGAGAACAUCAGCUUCAAGUGUAAGGAUUGAUGAUCUGGGAAUAUCAUUUACUACCAUUUAGGCCAGUAUUGAAAAUAUUUAAUACACUGUACAUAGAGCUUCAUGCACUUCCUUGAUAUGAUGUGACGCCAUUUUUGCAAUUUGCAUUAUCAGAAAAUUAUAUUUUCAUGAGAAAUGGUGGCCAUUUUGAAUUCAGCAUUUCUUCUUGAGCAGAGUCCUAUGCCAAUAAGGCAUCAGCACAUAAAAUCUGACAACUGGUAUUUGAGUGAAAUGAAAAAUUAUAUUUACUCUGAAAUAAUAAGGCAUAUAAAAUCUGAAGCAAAUCCAUCAA